AUGGUGUUAGGGUUAGAGAUAGGGUUGAGAUUGAGAGAGAGUCUGCAAAGUAAAUUGUUAGACGAAAAACAACUCGGGGAAAAGAAACUGAGAGAGCGAAACCUCCACGGGAUGAGCGAGUCACAAGUUGCUUAUGUGUUUCAAGGCUCUCUUACUACCAAAUAUCGCCUUGUCAUUGCUGAGGCUGCAAAAGGAAACCGGAACACGAAACCUAAUAGUGUGAUUUGUGCUGACUGUGAUGGAAAUGGAGCUGUUCUAUGCUCUCAGUGUAAAGGCAGUGGGGUGAACUCCGUUGAUUUUUUCAAUGGACAGUUUAAAGCUGGUGACUCGUGUUGGCUUUGCGGAGGAAGGAAGGAGAUGCUAUGUGGGAAUUGCAAUGGAGCAGGCUUUGUUGGUGGACAAGAGCAGGUCACGCCACUCUGGCAGGGUCUACUCGAUCUGCCUCUUGAGGAUCUUCUAGAACUUCAUGGCAGCAACACUGCUAAUGAUUGA